AUGGCACUGCAUCGUGUCUGCAUGCCAGAAGAGGAUAUAGCCAUCACACUUGUGGGCGUCACGCGACCAAAGCAGCCACUCGUGGCAGUAACCAUGAUAGAAGACGCACAGAAAGGCUCUGUACAAGCAGACCUCCGCCGUGGAGUAGGAGGUAUUCCGGCAGAUGUUCAGAGAAUAACUAAGAAGUCUAGAACUGCUGACUCGGAGUUUGGCUCAACUUCAUUUCCAUUGGCAGCCAUGUCGGGACAUGCUCACUCUCACUCCCACGAAGGGCCAGCGGCAGCAUCACACUCUCACGCUGCUGUAGACCAUGGCCACACGCACGAAAUUCUCGAUGGCCCCGGCUCCUUUCUGGGUCGCGAAAUGCCCAUCAUCGCAGGCAGAGAUUGGAAAGACCGAGCAUUCACGGUCGGCAUCGGUGGGCCCGUCGGAUCCGGCAAAACCGCCCUCAUGCUCGCUCUCUGCCUCGCCCUCCGAGAUCAAUACAGCAUUGCCGCGGUGACGAACGACAUCUUUACCCGCGAGGAUGGCGAAUUCCUCACCCGCCAUAAAGCACUCCCCGCAGAACGAAUCAGAGCAAUCGAGACGGGAGGCUGUCCGCAUGCCGCAGUCCGCGAGGACAUUUCGCAGAAUCUCGCAGCGUUGCAAGAUUUGCAAAAGGAGUUUCAGACCGAUCUUCUGUUGAUCGAGUCGGGGGGAGACAACCUUGCUGCGAACUACUCACGAGAAUUGGCAGACUACAUCAUAUAUGUGAUCGAUGUCAGUGGAGGUGACAAGAUUCCCCGCAAGGGAGGACCGGGCAUCACGCAGAGUGAUCUGCUCAUCGUCAACAAGACAGACCUUGCCGAGCUCAUAGGUGCCGACCUACACGUCAUGGAUAGGGACGCCCGGAAAAUUAGGGAGGGAGGACCAACGAUUUUCGCGCAGGUGAAGAAUGGAAAGGGCGUGGACCAAAUCGUAGACCUGAUCUUGAGCGCGCGGAGAGCAAACGUAGCGGCGUGAAGGCUGCCGCCUGGUCAAUCCGUUUGAAGCGUUCAUGCACGCUAUUGUCCACUAAUAUGGGCUCGCGUACAGGCAUACACAUACACCCGCGAGUGCACGCCUUGAUUCAGCUGACAUGCUCCAGCAAGAAGACCAACUAUGGUUGUAGUGUGUAUGAGUGGUACUGUUCCUUAUCUUGCCUUCAGUAGGUAUGCCCCCUUCAUGUCUUACGCCACAGCCACAUUACAAGCGACCAUAGAGCAGCCUCUUCUGCCCUCUCCGCCCGGUGGCGAAGCUCCGUGCUCCAUAUCGACAAUCCCCGAUGCGCUGCAAUACUCUCUCAGAGACAGCAGCCAGCAGCUGUGCCUUUCGGUCGGAAAAAAGUUACUCGCUACGGGACAAGAGCUGUCAGCAAGUCUGACCCGGUACACGCGCCGCCGUAAUGUGAGGGCUAAGGUAGGUGUGUGGUCGCGUUCGACGAUCGUGACUUCAUGCAUAUAACGAGAGGGUCAAGUCGCCGCGAAUGCUGGCUUUGAGCUCAAUCUCAAUGUCCAGGUUGGCUUCUAAUGUAAGCUUGAGACCAUCUUGGUCUUUUAGGACUGAUCCACUGCUUGCUUCCUCUUGUGGCGUGAUGUAGUAGGGCUGAUUGGGAUUGGAGCCCCGGACGGGAAUUUCACCUCGCAUCGCUCGUGCGUGGGUGACGGGACCGUCCAUGGAUGUACUAUCGGGCCCGAUUCGCUCGAAUGGUCGCUGUUGCUCGAGAUCCCCGUUGGCGUCCGCUUCCUCGAGGGCUUCGAGCGAGCCCGUCUUCAUGUAUUUGCCAUCCUCCAUGGCCUGCUGUACUCGUUUCCUACGCUCGCGGCGUGAGGACGAUCGGGAGCGAUUAGACUCCAGACCGGAUUCGCGCUUUUCUUUCUUGAUGAGCUUGUCUUGCUUCUCCUGUUGCUGUACAGUCCUCUGCUUCGGCGGGUUCUUUUGCGUCUCCUCUGACAAGUGCUCCAACUUGGGUUCCUCGAUGUACUUUCUCCGGUACGACUCGUUGUUGACGGCGUCUGCCAUCUUGCUGCUCCCCUUCUCGCCUUGAGCUGAAUGAUAUAUAGACCUGAAUUUGAUCGAUGAUUGAUGAGUGAAAGCUACAGAGAGAGGGACAGAGUGUGUGUGUAUGUGAGUGUAUGUGAGUGUGUGUGAGGGACCUAGGC